UUUUGAUCGGUUAGUGUGGGAACUUCUUUAGUGGAAAACUGUCCAGUGAAACGUUUGAUGUGUUAAUAAAUGAAUAAUAAAUAAAUAAGUAUAAACAGAACAAAAUUCACAGACUGAGUUAGGCUUAAAGUUUUAGCCUUUUAUGAGACACUCAAUGAUAUUAAUUCUUGGUUGACAAGGGAGUUUACAUUAUAUGAAACGAAGACAGACCAAUUAUUGUUUUAGUGCCUCAAUUGUUAAAUUGUUAUACUUUAGUGAAAAUUUAAAUAUUCGUGGGUUUCUCCAAAAGUGUUCAAUUCUAAGAAAUUGAUAUUGUUAGCUUUCUCUUUAUAUUUAUGAAAGGGAAAGUAAAAUUUGUUUUUAAAAACAAACCACUGAGGUUAAAUCGAGUCUGUUGACAUAAUAAGAAAAAAAUACAUUGAAAUUAUCAAAAAAAGAACUUCGUUUGAAUAUUUUUUCGUCGACACGUCCAUUUUAUACGUCGAAGUUAAUUUUAAAUUUCGAAUUGCAUCGAGUGACGUGACUUAUUUUCAACGAGUGUUUUUCGUGAAAUCACGAGUGUUCACGUAUUGAGCGAGUGUUUUCGAAGUGUGUCGAGUGUGUUGGUGUUGACCAUGAUAGUGCAGUGAUGAGUGUCGAUGGCCUGGCCAGCCGGCUCCGAGGGGGCUGUGGAACUGCCCUUGCAGCAGAUUGGGGCGGAGUCCCUGACCGUGCCUGGAGUCACCGUGGUGGAUGGACAUACCAGACUUAAUGAGGACGAGGCGACGACCUCCGGCGUGACCGACGGCGCGGCCGGCGAGCAGCAGAGCCGGGUUAUCUUCGUCAAUGGACCACAGCCCAUCAAGUUCGUCCACAACCGAAUCUCAACGGCCAAGUAUAGUGUCCCCUCAUUCAUCCCUCUGUUCCUGUUCGAGCAGUUCCGCCGCUACUCCAACUGCUUCUUCCUUCUCAUCGCGCUGCUGCAGCAGAUCCCUGACGUGUCCCCCACCGGGAGGUGGACCACCCUCACGCCGCUCAUACUGAUCCUCAGCGUCAGCGCCAUCAAGGAGAUUGUUGAGGACUUCAAACGCCACCGAGCCGAUGACGAGACGAACCGUCGGAAAGUGGAAGUGCUUCGGGACGGUCGCUGGCAAACGGUACGGUGGGAGAGGUUGCAAGUUGGCGACGUGUGUAAGGUGCUCAACAACCAGUUCUUCCCCGCUGAUCUCCUGCUAUUGGCCUCUAGUGAACCCCGCGGCAUAUCCUUCAUCGAGACCUCAAACUUGGACGGGGAGACGAACCUGAAGAUCCGCCAGGCGCACCCCGAGACCGCGCGCCUGGACUCGUGCACCGACCUCGCCGACUUCCGCGCCACCGUCACCUGCGAGCCUCCCAACAGGCAUCUGUACGAGUUCAACGGGAUGCUGAAGGAGUCUAAUGCCAAGACAAUUCCCCUGGGUUUGGAGCAGAUGUUGCUUCGCGGCGCCAUGCUGCGGAACACGGCGUGGGUGCACGCUGUGGUGGUCUACACGGGCCACGAGACCAAGCUCAUGAAGAAUUCCACCAAAGCACCACUAAAGCGUUCGUCAAUAGACAAGCAGACGAACACACAAAUCCUGAUGCUGUUCGUCAUCCUACUAGCGUUGUCACUCCUCAGCGCCGGGUUCAAUGAACUCUGGACGAGGAACCACAACGACUGGUAUAUAGGGCUUGAGGAAGCGCAAAAUGUGAACUUCGGUUUCAACUUUCUGACCUUUUUGAUUCUGUACAACAAUCUUAUACCCAUAUCGUUACAAGUUACAGCCGAAAUUGUAAGGUUUUUCCAAGCAAAGUUCAUAGCGAUGGACAGCGAGAUGUACCACGAAGCCACUGACACCCCCGCAAUGGCGCGGACGUCCAAUCUCAAUGAAGAACUAGGGAUGGUCCAAUACGUCUUCAGCGACAAGACCGGAACUCUCACUUGCAAUAUUAUGAACUUUUACAAGUGCUCAGUGGCUGAGAACAUCUACAGCCGGCCGGGCCCGGACGAGAAGCCGGAAGACACGCUGCUGUACCAGAACCUUAUGCGAGGCCACGCCUCGGCCGACGUCAUCCGCGAGUUCCUCACCAUGCUGGCGGUGUGCCACACCGUCAUCCCCGAGUGGACGCACGACCACAUCGAGUACCAGGCCGCGUCGCCGGACGAACGUGCACUAGUGAUGGGCGCGGCGUCGUACGGUUUCGUAUUCGAGACUCGCACGCCGGACUCGGUCGUGAUACGGGCGGCCGGACAAGAAGAGACGUAUAAAAUAUUGAAUGUGAUAGAUUUUACUUCCGCCAGGAAAAGGAUGUCCGUUAUAGUGAGGACGCCGAAGGGUGAAAUCAAGUUGUACUGCAAAGGCGCGGACUCCGUAGUGUACCCGCGUCUCAAGGGCGGCGAGGGCGCCCCGCGCGCCGCCGCCACGCUGCACCACCUGGAGCUGUUCGCGUCCGAGGGGCUCCGCACGCUGGUCUUCGCCGUGGCCGAUAUCCCGGAACAAGUGUACAAAGACUGGUCGAACACAUACCACAAGGCCAGCAUAGCGAUACACAACCGCGAGCAGAAGAUUGAGGAGGCCGCCAUGCUCAUAGAGAACAACUUGAAGCUGCUGGGAGCUACUGCCAUCGAGGACAAACUGCAGGACGGCGUGCCAGAAACGAUAACAGCUUUACUCAAAGCGAACAUCAACGUAUGGGUUCUCACCGGGGACAAACAAGAAACGGCCAUCAACAUAGCGCACUCCUGUCGCCUCAUACACACCAGCAUGCCGCUUAUUAUACUCAACGAGGAUAGUUUAGAUGGCACCAGAGACACAAUUUCUCGUCACGUGGCCGACUUCGGCGACAACCUCCGCAAACAAAACGAAGUGGCGCUCGUCAUAGACGGCACCACUCUCAAGUACGCGAUGGGAUGUGAUCUGAAGAAGGAGUUCCUUGAUCUCUGCUUGUCUUGUAAAGUCGUCGUUUGCUGUCGAGUGUCGCCUAUACAGAAGGCUGAGGUGGUAGAAAUGGUAUCAUCAGCCACCGGAGCAGUAACCCUAGCGAUCGGCGACGGCGCCAACGACGUGGCCAUGAUCCAGCGCGCGGCCGUCGGCGUCGGCAUCUCCGGCGUGGAGGGGCUGCAGGCCGUGUGCGCGUCCGACUACAGCAUCGCGCAGUUCCGGUUUCUCCUCCGACUGCUGCUGGUCCACGGCGCGUGGAACUACUCCCGCAUCAGCAAACUCAUCCUCUACUCCUUCUAUAAAAACAUCUGUCUGUACGUCAUCGAGCUGUGGUUCGCCAUUUAUUCCGCCUGGUCCGGUCAAAUUCUGUUCGAGCGGUGGACGAUAGGUUUCUACAACGUGAUCUUCACAGCGCUACCUCCAUUUGCCAUAGGAUUGUUUGACAAGCUGUGCUCUUCAGAAAUUAUGUUGAGGCAUCCGGUACUAUACGUACCGUCUCAACAAGGUCUCCUGUUCAAUGUGCGAGUGUUCUGGGUGUGGGCGGUGAACGCGCUGCUGCACUCUGUGCUGCUGUUCUGGCUGCCCAUGCUGCUGGUCUCUCAUCACGUCCUGUGGCCCAGCGGGAAGGACGGAGGCUUUCUCGUCAUGGGCAACUUUGUUUAUACGUACGUGGUGCUGACAGUGUGCCUGAAGGCGGGGCUGGCCACGCACUCGUGGACGUGGGUCACACACGUCGCCAUCUGGGGCUCCGUCGCGAUGUGGUUCAUCUUUAUACUUAUUUACAGCAACGUGUACCCGUGGAUCCUGAUCGGCGCGGUGAUGCGCGGCAUGGACGUCAUGGUGUUCUCGUCGCUGCUGUUCUGGCUCGGGCUCGUGCUCGUGCCCGCGUGCGCGCUGGCGCCCGACCUGCUGGUCACCGUCAUCCACAACUCUGCGUUCAAGACGAUGACGGAGGCGGUGCGAGAGAGCGAGAUAAAGCAACGCGACCCCGCCGCGCUGCUCGCACAGCCGAGGCACUCCCUUACGGAGACGGCGCGUCUGCUACAAAACGUACGCAGCGUGUUCAGCCGGCGCUCGACCACGCGCGUCAACAUGGAACUCGAGCUGUCUCAUGGUUUCGCAUUCUCUCAAGAGGAGGGGGGCAGCGUGUCGCAGGCCGACAUGAUCCGAGCGUACGACACCAGCCAGCCGAGGGUUGGCCGCUCCUGAGCUGACGAGGCGCCCCGCUCGCACGUCUACACCGUGUGCUAGACGACGACUUCUCAAUGCGACUUUACUGGCAACACCGCCUUUAUUUUACACGUACAAAGUCUUUUUUUUUGUCUCAAAGACGCCUCUCAUUGUGUAGUUAUUUUUUUUUUUUGUUGAAAGGUUCACAUUAAAUGUAUUAAGUCCGCUAUCGAGGAAGCUUAUACGAGGAACUGUAAUAUGUACUUUAAAUUCGUGUAAGUGAUUGUAAUUAUACUAUGUUGAUAUAAAAUUUUAUGUAUACAUUAGAUGAAUGUAAUAAAAGUGUAGCUGUAUUUUCGGCCACAGGGAUUAUUGCGACAUCAUAAUGCUGAAUGCGAGAAAUUUUCACAAAAUUAAGCUGUUCACGCAACUCCGGGGAAAAGAUGCUAUCAAAUGUUAUAUUUGUUUAUUUUAUUUUUUUCAAAACCAUUUUAACGUGAUUUAAAAUUACGUGUUAUUGUUAUAUUCGUUAUUCUAUGCUAGUGUGAAAGUAUGUUUGGUGUCAAAAAAUGGUUUUGCGAAAUCCGAAUAAAAGAGAAAAAGAGGAUAUAUUAACUCUUUGUGACAACAAGCACUUGUGAUUUUUAGUAAUGUUAGUCGUUUCGCUUUGUUUUUUAAUUAUAACGCAGUUAAGAUCUAAGUUCAAAAUGCAUAAUUAAAUUAUUUAUUUAUUUUAGUUUAACUUUAGCGCUAACAUAAUAUGUAUUACAUUUAAAGUUAUGUUUCUUUUUUUGGUCUUGACAUACGUGACUACUAAAAAUGAAAUUAUGAACGAAAGUUGAAAUAUUGUUAUAAUUUUAUAAUGUUUAAUAAAUUGCUUAAUAGGUACAGCUUUUUAAAUGUGUUAAUAGUAUUUUUUAACAUUUUAUUAAUAAAUAGGAUGAAAUUGUUCAUGGUCUAUUUAUAUUUAUACAAAAAAAAAUACUUUACUGUAAUGGUUGGUCAGAGAUUAUUAUUGCAUCAAGAAAAAAAUUACGAUGUAUUAAUUACGCCACCAACCAACCAUAUUAACUUGUACAUACUCAGAGUUUCAUAUUUCCAUUAUGCCACUCAUUGUUGUUUUUAAAAAGACAGGAAACUAUAUAUUUGAACCUUUAAAUAUUCAUUAAUGACGCCUCCAACCAACCGUAUCAACGUGUGCACUGUUCAUACUCAGAGUUUAAUUUUACCACGUAUUAUUGUUUUUAAAGGACAGGAUGAUCAAACGUCAGGAUAUUUGUAGAAUUAAUAGUGUGCUUUAAAAAGUAUACUGUAUUUGAAAUUUUCCUAUAUCUAGCACCUGUAGUACUGUCGUUUGGACAUAGUGCACUUAUUUCGGUGGCACGAACUAAUUGAUUAACUAAAAGUUCUAGUCAAACACUAUAUGGCUCAUUCACAAAUUGUCAUUUUCUCAUAAUGUUGGGCGGUACAUUAUCUCUUUAUUAUGAAUAAAUCUUUUAAAUAAACGUGAAGCCAGAGCAACAAAAUUAUAACAUUUAAUCACCCUCAUUUGGCUUUUUUUUAUACAAAUGACUGAAAUCAGCAUUUGCUGUUAGCACCCUUAAAUCAAUAUGCAUUGAGGACAUUUUGUGAAUGAGUCAACUAAAUUAGAUUCGCAUCCGGCUCCCGAAGGACCAUUUUCUUCUUUGUCUUUAGUAACUUAAUUGUUUAAUUUUAUCUAAAACUCUAUAAUUAUACAGAUAAAGGAUUAAUAUUUACUAAAUUAUUGUGAUAUGUAACUCGAAGCUAAAAUUUUCAGAGUCUUUACAAAAGUCGACUGCUAGUGGUUUUUUGAAUGACUUGUAACUGAUAUGAUAUUUAUCACAUUAUACCUCGUAACAGUUUAUUAUUGUUAACUGUUAACUUGACUAAGAGAGGUGGCGGCGCAGGCGUCGGGAUACAUUUAUAUUGUGACGAAUACUAUUUGUACAACAAACUUACCGGAAGUAUAACACCAUUGAUGAAAAAUAUAUUGUGUCGUGAAAAUUGUAUUUACUCACAAUUAUUCUGUAUCUGUGUAGUGACUUCUAGCCAUCAAAUAUUCUACAAUUAUGUACUUCUUUCACAUCUAUCUUGUAAAUAAAACAUUUUCAAUAUUUUUUAU